GUGAGGGUGAAGACGUUGGGCGGCCCAGCAGUGACGAGCACGUCACGCUGAGGCUGCUGGAGGUGGAGCUUUCGCUUGAUCCACUACGGUCAUUACAAGAACAUGCUUUUUAUCUCCAAUAUAAUGAUAUGGAAAACAAACCCGGCAGCACGGAGAGCAUGGAGGUCAUUAAUGUUGAGGCUGAAUUCUGUCACCGCCGGCUUGUCUUCUGGCCCUGGUUCUUGGGAUAGGUCUGACGGACUCUCUUGUGUUUCUGCUGAAAAGCCUCCUCACAUGCCUGUCAUGCUUAAAGAAGUGCUUCAUUACUUGGACGUCAAGCCAGCUCAGGUGGUCCUGGACAUGACAUUUGGAGGUGGUGGUCAUACCAAAGCAAUACUGAACACGGUUCCUGAAGUCACUGUCCUGGCCUUAGACCGGGACCCUGCAGCUAUUUCUCUGGCCCAGCAGCUGGCCAAAGAGCACUCUGGUCGUGUGAAACCGCUGCUCGGCCGGUUCAGUGAGCUUGAAGCCUUGCUGUCUAACAUGAACAUUAAGUCAGGCAGCAUUGAUGCUGUCCUGUUGGAUGCAGGCUGCUCCUCCAUGCAGAUGGAUCAGGAAGAGAGAGGCUUCUCCCUCAGCAAGGAUGGACCUUUGGAUAUGAGAAUGGACGGAGAGAGGUACCCUGACAUGCCCUGCGCUGCUGACGUUGUGAAUACCUUAGAUCAACAGGCUCUUGCAUCUAUCCUCACUGCAUAUGGGGAAGAAAGACACUCCAGGAAAAUAGCUUCAGCCAUUGUGGAAGCACGCCGUGUCAACCCCAUCACCCGGACACAGCAGCUGGCCAGCGUGGUUGCAGGAGCUUUUCCUCCCAGCGUUCUCUACGCACGUAAAGACCGUCUUCAACGCCGUGCCCACAUUGCAACUAAGACGUUCCAGGCCCUGCGGAUCUUUGUGAACGAUGAGUUGAAUGAAUUGCACAAGGGGCUCUGCGUGGCCCAGUCUGCGCUGAAACCUGGAGGAAGGCUCUGCGUGAUCACGUUUCAUUCGUUGGAGGACAGACUGGUCAAACGUUUCCUGCAGGGGCAUGACUUGUCUAACUUGGAUCGAUACCACUUUAGCCAAAACAAGCAAGGCAGCAGAAAGAAAAAACUGGUGGAUGAGAGCAGUGAACGUAACAAAAGUUCUUACUGGUUUCCUGUAAAAAGAAAAGUGGUCAGUCCAGAAAAAGACGACGUGAGAGAGAAUCCUCGUGGACGAUCUGCUAAACUCCGGAUAGCUCUACGGAGGUAGCUUUCGAACGAUCAUGGAAAAAAAAAAUUGUAUUUCAUAAUGAAAAUUUCAUCUCUUUUUUACUGUGAACACAAUACUGCACACAUAUCUGAGUUUGUUGCCUAGUGAAGCAGUGAAGUGGUUUGUCUUUGAACUGAAAUGUGUAACAGCUUUCGGACCAUUUGGUAACAGAAAAAAGGUGACAGUAUCUGAGCUUUUGCAUCAAGUGAGAAUUAAUGCAAGGCAACAACAUGCUUCAUUUUUGUAAUCUAGUUUUUUAAGAAAAGGAAUAAAAGCCAAAACCUGA